GGCGAGAAGCCCAGAGGCAAAACCCCCCAAAAAUGGGGUCAUACUUAAUUAGAGAGCAUCCUGAACUUGAAUCAGCCUGGAUCACUUGGGAGAACUGAGCAGUAUUCAAUCAAAUAUGUCAUGAUAACAAAAAACUCCAAGUCCCAUAAGCAAGUUGUGCUACGUUUACACCUGCACACCUGAGCCGAGCCGGCCUGGUGUGUCUCCGCUCGUUCGGCUCGCAUUUACACGAGAGAGGGGAGAACCGAGCGAAUGACGUCACGAAUAAUGAACGUGCUGAGCAGCAAGUUUUCAAAGACGACAAACGACAGUGAGAAUGGCGGUUGCUGUGGCGGAUCAGGAUGUUUUCGUUGUGUUUUUUUGCAUCUUUGUGUUUUACCUGCUGAAUAACACGGCUGAAAUGCAUCGAAGGAUUGAAUAUAAAAAGAAAAGAAUGCUUCUGGAAGAGAGUCGCAGUCUGAGUCUUUUGAAGAUGAAUAUGGCCAUCAGACUUAAGGCAAAAAAGCUGUCUCAGAGAUUCAGACAGGUCAGGUGAUUCGGCUCCUCAAUAUAAUGGUCCAAUCAGAGAACAGCAGUUCUGCCAGUGGCUCCACCCCCAAUCCCAGCAUUCUCCUGGCUCUGCGUCUGGCCAGCCAUCAUGACAGUGACACAGAGAGAGGCAUGCUGGGUAGACUGCAGGUUGAUGCAGUGAAGAGAGUCCAAGAAGGCCUCCCCUUCUCCUCAGGCACCGUGGCUUUAUACUGUCUGGCUAUGCAGGCCUCCUGUGCGGACCCGUCUCUAACUCCAGCCCCAGGACUUAAAGGGGGAAAGAAGGUCAUGGACCUCAGAAAACUGCUGGAAAAAAAACUGAAGGAAGAGAUUGACAAUAUUGAUUCCAAGAAUGUUCCCCUCACCAACUAUUAUCAGGUGAGCCUUGACAUACUGGCGCUGUGCAUGAUGGGAAAACCAGUGACAUCACACAGCGUGCAGAGUCUGAUUGAAGCUUCGGAUAAUGGAGGAUUUUCAUAUGGAGAGAAAUAUUCAGUGGACACAGCCUCGGUUGCAGUUCUGGCUCUGACCUGCGUGAAGCGCUCUAUCAAGGCCCCUGAUCGUAUGGUUCUGCGUCUGAAGAUACUGAAUGCUCUAAAAUGUCUGAUCAAGAACAUUCUCCAGGAGACAACGAGCAACGGAUUGAUCGGGAACCUUUACAGCACAGGACUGGCCAUGCAGGCCCUGUCAGUCACCUCCACCAACUACGACUGUUCCAGAACUAUCCAGACACUUCUAGAGCGGGCUGGUUCUGGAUCCUUCGAGAACCCCAUGGCUGCUUCUCAGAUCACCCCCUCACUGGAGAACAGAAACUACCUGGAGCUGAACAAGCUAGACUGCAAGGACUUUGAGAAGACACUUGAUGGGUCGGUGCUUCCUCUAGCGCCCCCCACUGCCCCGGAGGGUGUAAUCACCGUGCACUACAGAGUGGAGGACGGCAUUCACUACUCCUUCAAUGACAGCAUCGAGGUGACGGUCCCUGUGGGGUCCUCGCUACUGCAGGUCAUGGAGGAGGCGGCCAAGAUAUCACCUGCAAAAUUCAGGUUCACUGUGGAGCAAAGCAGCUGGGGUCCAUUUGUCACCAGUAUACAAGUUUUAGCUGGGAACACGGAGGAGCGAACAUACUGGCAAUUUCUCACUGGGAGUAACGCUUUGGAUCAAGGAGUUGGUGAUUAUAAGCCGUACGACAGGGAAUACAUCGUGGCAAAAUUCUCUACAUAUUAACUCUCAGAUUUCCAUCUCAUAAUUCAUGCAUUGUUGGAGGUUGUGUUUAAUUAUCACUUAUUUUAAUCACAUUAUAAUUCUAUGAUUCAGAGGGGUCUGGUAAAGCAUAGGGAAGCAUUGUAAAGCACAGAGAGGUGUGGUAAAGCAUAGGGAAGCAUUGUAAAGCACAGAGAGGUCUGGUAAAGCAUAGGGAAGCAUUGUAAAGCACAUAGAGGUCUGGGAAAGCAUAGGGAAGCAUUGUAAAGCACAUAGAGGUCUGGGAAAGCAUAGGGGAGCAUUGUAAAGCACAGAGAGGUCUGGUAAAGCAUAGGGAAGCAUUGUAAAGCACAGAGAGGUCUGGGAAAGCAUAGGGAAGCAUUGUAAAGCACAGAGAGGUCUGGUAAAGCAUAGGGAAGCAUUGUAAAGCACAGAGAGGUGUGGUAAAGCAUAGGGAAGCAUUGUAAACACAGAGAGGUCUGGUAAAGCAUAGGGAAGCAUUGUAAAGCACAGAGAGGUCUGGUAAAGCAUAGGGAAGCAUUGUAAAGCACAGAGAGGUCUGGUAAAGCACAGGGAAGCAUUGUAAAGCACAGAGAGGUGUGGUAAAGCAUAGGGAAGCAUUGUAAAGCACAGAGAGGUAUGGUAAAGCAUAGGGAAGCAUUGUAAAGCACAGAGAGGUCUGGUAAAGGAUAUUUAAAAAUGGCAAAAAUAAAUAAAUAAUAAAAUAAACAAGUUAGCAACUUCAAAA